GCAGCACUCUCCUUCACAUAGAUAUGUAGUAAUGGCGCGGCUGCUGGUGUGGUUGUCUGUCUUACUCUCCGUGCUUUACAGCCAGGGAACGGGCACCUGUCCUGUCCAGUGUAGAUGUUGGAAGACUACCUGUAAUGAAGCUCUUGUAUAUUGUUAUUAUAGAGGACUGCACGGAUUACCGACCAACAUCCCCACGGACACUUGCAUACUAAACCUGGGACUGAAUGACCUAACGUUACACUACGGGAUCUUUGACACCUUAGUGAAUUUACGUGAACUAUACUUGGAAAACAAUGAACUAACAUGGUUACCGUACGGGGUCUUUGACGCUUUGGUGAAUUUACAGGGGCUAAACCUGGCGAACAAUCAGAUAACAACAUUACCGAAUGGGAUAUUUGACGCACUGCCGAAUCUACAGCGACUAAAACUGGACAGAAAUGAGAUAGUAACGUUACCGAAUGGGAUAUUUGACGCCUUGACGAAUCUACAACAACUAUAUCUGGAAUAUAAUCAAAUAACCACAAUACAGAAGGCGACGUUUGGUGGAUUGGUGAAUGUAACAAUUGCAAUAGAAGAUAAUCCUCUGCAUUGCGAUUGUCAAUUAGUCGCCCUCCUCAGGUUUGCUGAAUCGCGAAACAUUCAGUUAGGGCAUGUCUUCAUACCGUCGUGUCAGAGCCCUUCCAAUCUGAAAGGAACACUGUUGAAGGACGGGGUAUUUGAGGAUAUGGAUUGUGAUUCAGAUUCCACCGUUCGUACAGACGCCGGUUCUACACGUAUAGAGAUCUUCACCAUUGCUGAAGACACCCACACUACCCGUCCAGACAUCGACACUACCUCUGCCCGUCCAGACUCAAACACUACAGGAACUAGGAGUGUUACAGAAGUCACAAAAGUAAUCAAAAUGAUUACACCUGAUCGGCCGACCACUAUUCCAACAACAACCUUUACAAUCAUCGCCCUGUCCCUAGGAUUGGUUGUUGCGAUGGUAACAGCUGUUGGUAUUGGGAUUGCUUUUUGUCGAAGACGGUGGUGGAAACCCGAAUACGAACGACCGCAUCCCGCUCCCGACAACAAUAUGAUUCCAAUUAAUGUAUACGAUGCCAUUAACGCAGCCGGUGAUGACGACACUUACCUUGAGGUCAAUCCCUCGGAGGAAGUCCCGUACAAUGACACUUAUGCUCCUCCAUACCUAUAUCUUGUUCCUUGAGACAAUGUAUAAAAAUAAAUGAUAUCUUUCUAAUUUA